AUAUUUUUACCUCAAUUUUUACACAUGGCACCUUUAACAGCAAAAGGGUUUUUUUUUUUUUUUUGGUGUAAACUUGCACUAAACUGGUGUGUUUGACUUUGAUUUGGCAUACACACUGUUUUUUAAAUUGCAUGUCAAAAUAAUUUGUGUCUUUAAAAUGGCUUUUUGAGACUUUGAGGCAUUUUUAAAUGUAGCACGUUUUACUUAAACAUGCUCUAGACAGAAGUAUUUGACCCUUGCAAGGUGUUUCGCACAUGAACACCACAUUUUUAUUAAGCCAACCAACAAAAUGAUAUAUGAAGAUGACACAUCUAUGCACCAUAGUGUAGGCCUAUAAGCAUUAGAAGGUAAAUAUAAAUUAUUAACAAUAAAAAAAUAAGAGUGAUGGAAAAAUAUAUUAAAUAAAUCACUUAUUAAUUUGGAUGAAAAAAGCACACACCUGCCUGUUGCCAUGCACUAUGAAUGUGUGUGUCUGUGUGUGUACGUACCCACAUGUUUCAUUUAAAAUCUUGAGCAAACACACAAAGAGCAGGCGGAGGCUGCAUCUGCUGACGUACAGCCAGUGGCUGUGAGAGAGAAUCCGUUUGCUCCGAGCCUCUGAAUCACACAGCAUCUCUACAGAAGCAUCUCCAACAAACAGAAGAGCAGCAGAGGAUUUUUGAAAACAACCAACUGUAGAACUGCAACAUUUGUUAACUACACCUGCAGCUUUCAGAUUCCUCUAUUUUUAUUCAUUCCAUUAUCUGAAUAUUUUUUUUCACUCUUUAUAAAUUUUCUGCUUUAUUUUUUAUUUUUUUGUUUCCUCUGUAAUUUCCAUCCCUCAUCUGCUAUAUGUUCUUCCCCAUCUAUUUAUCUUAAAAAAUCCUGAUGAACGACUCAUACCUUCAGUUUCUUAAAGGGCAGAAACCUGCAAACACGUCUUUGCCUCCUAAUGGCAGCACCGUUGAUCCUCCAGCAGGGGCGCUGUGCGAGCAGGUUCAGAUCCAGGCGGAGGUUUUUCUUACCUUGGGUAUUGUGAGUCUUCUGGAGAACAUCCUUGUCAUCUUGGCCGUGGUCAAAAACAAGAACCUUCACUCUCCAAUGUAUUUUUUCCUGUGCAGCCUGGCAGCUGCGGACAUGUUGGUGAGUGUUUCGAACUCUUUGGAGACCAUUGUCAUUGCCGUACUAAGCAGUCGCCUUUUGGUGGCCAGUGACUAUUUUGUGCGUUUGAUGGACAAUGUGUUUGAUUCAAUGAUCUGUAUUUCUCUCGUGGCAUCUAUCUGCAACCUCUUGGCGAUUGCCAUCGACCGCUACGUCACAAUUUUUUACGCCUUACGCUACCACAGCAUAGUGACCGUACGCAGAGCGCUGGUGGCCAUCGCUGUGAUCUGGUUGGUGUGUGUGGUUUGUGGGAUCGUCUUCAUAGUGUACUCAGAGAGCAAGACUGUGAUUGUUUGUCUGAUCACAAUGUUCUUUGCCAUGCUGGUGCUCAUGGCCACUCUCUACGUACACAUGUUUCUUCUCGCCAGACUUCACGUCCAGAGAAUCGCAGCAUUACCCCCAGCAGCUGCCGGCAACCCGGCCCCACGUCGACGCAGCUGUAUGAAGGGAGCCGUGACUAUCUCCAUCCUCCUCGGUGUGUUUGUGUGCUGCUGGGCACCAUUUUUUCUCCACCUCAUUCUGCUGGUGUCCUGUCCACACCAUCCGCUCUGCCUCUGCUACAUGUCUCACUUCACCACGUACCUGGUCCUAAUUAUGUGCAACUCUGUGAUUGACCCCCUCAUCUACGCCUGCCGCAGUCUGGAAAUGAGAAAGACCUUUAAGGAGAUACUGUGCUGUUUUGGCUGUCAGCCUUCACUUUAGACAAAUGUCUGAUUUGAAAGGUGAAUGAAUGUACAAAGAAAAAGUUGAUUUUGAUGUAAGAUGCUAAAGCAUGGUGGUCAUAAUGAGGUUACAUUUCAAGAGAUAAAGAUACGGACAAAAGCAGACUCGUAGCAUUCAGAGAAAAGGACUGCAUGCUAUCAAGGAUUUGGUAAGCUCAGGUGCUGCAAGAAAAUAAGAGAACUGGGGGUGGAUCGUAUGUGACCUAUCGCUUGCUGAAGGGGCAGAUCAAUUAUGUGUUAGUCAUGUCUAUUAUGUGUAUUCAUUAUGCAGUGGGGUCUGACAGUCUGAAACUACACUGAAAAAUCUAGGAUUUAAACUCUCAUUAAAACCUUUAAAAUCAAUGGACAGUUUUAGGAUUUAAGAAAAUGUUAUAAAAGACAUUGAUAGUUUGACUGUUUUUCAGAAGACGUUUUGGCAAAUCGCUGGUGAAUUUGAAUGAUCUUGUUUGUAUGUUUUCAUAUUAUCUGCUUACAGCCCGCUGAUGGUUAGGUUUAUAGGUGGAUCUUCAUGCUUACUAUUUUUUCUAGAAAUCAUAAGUUUUUGUACCAAUCAAAUGGUAAAAAAUCAAGAUUUGCCAAAACCGUUAUCUCUUUGGAUAAUUUCGAUUUAUACUGGAUCACAUCAUAUCGAGUUCUACAAACUUAUGGAGUUCAUGCAAGCUCAAAUGUUGAUGUCAUUAAAGCAAAUUAACAAACCAAAUAAUAAAACAGAUCAUUAGAAAAUCAUAUUUAUUUAUCACUUUUCAUUCAAAUUAUAAGGCUUAUAAAAUAGAUUGAAAUGCAAAAAUGCUAUUAAGAAAUGCAAAAAAGAAAAACAUUUUAACUAGUGGUCUCAUACUUCUAGACCCCACAGUACCAUAUGUUCAAAAUGUGUAGGCUAUAUAGUUUCAGUGUUUAGUUUCGUGACCGUGUUCGAGCCAUUUUGGUGUGUAAAUGCAUUUGCUCAAAGCUGCUGAAGUGGAGUCUUACUAACAGUCUGUGGUGAAACUUGCUUGCUGACAUCAAAAACAUCAGGGCACUUCCUAUAGUGUCUAUCUGUCUUUUUGAGGUGUCACUAACUUUGUUGCUUCUCAUAGUUGUCAGAAUCAGAUUCAGCUUGGACUGUCUCCAGUUAGCAACAUUAUGCAGUCAAACCCAACCCAAAAGCUGAAAUCAGCAUGUGUGGAUCAUUUAGCUGUCACAGUUUAUUUAGUUCAUUUUUUUUUUUUUUUUUUUUUCAGACUUAAGACAGCAGUAUCCAACUAAACAUGUUAGGUCCGAAACCAAAUAGCCCUCAUUUUGGUGUUUCUUUUUUUUAUAUUCAGAAGUGGAAAAGAGAGCGGUGGAUAAGAUAAGAAAGACCACAAACCAGGAUUCGAACUCGGGUCACCCAAAGCACAACUUCAACCUGUUGGCUCUGACUAUCCCUCUUAUUCUGUUAAACAGCAACAUAGCACAUCUUUUUAUGGGUGUCUAGUGGUUUAAGUUUGAUACUCUGCUUAUUUAGCUGACCUGUACUGAGUCUCACUGCAAUGUUAUAAG